AACUUCUGAACAGUACGUGACACUUUUAAUCAUUCUGAAUGAAUGUGACAGCUGACAACAUUAUAUCUGUAUAACGUCACAACAACGUGAGAUGAUGCGGAAAAAACGACGCUCCUCCGUGGAUCAAGUGGUGGAAGGAGCCAAUACUACUACUAAUAGUACUACUAAGGCAAAGAAGAGUCGAACCACUGGUCGCCCUCCCAAAGAAUCUGUCCCAGACGACACAAAUCAAAGCGUAUUUACCAGAUUUCUGAGAGAGGCGGGUGUCACCGUGAAGCGCGGUGCCACCUCCAACGAGAUCGCUGUCGACCAAGUAGUUUUCCAAAAAAGGAUUGAACAGCAACUACGGAAGAAUCCUAAUUACCCCGGAAUCAUACAGGAAUUCAUCACGGGAUUAGAGUCUCACAUCGAAGACCCUGAGAAUUUCAGGAAUUGCCUCCUGCCAUGUGUUCCACAGUUGACAGAUGGAGAUGGCAGUUCUGUCAGCUCAUUCCAGGAAAGUCUGCUACGCAUGUUGUUGGGGAUUGACAUUCUGCAGACUUCCACCAUUAACACCUUGCUUGAGAAACUCCCUGAAUUUAUGUUGGAUGGCGCUGGAGAUGCAGGGAUCAGUGUUCCACGCAUCAUCAUCAACCAGCUCAAAUGGCUCGACAGAGUCGUUGACAGCAAGGAGUUGGCGUCUAAGCUCAUGGAGCUGGUGUCAGUUGCACCGGUGGAUGUUCAACGAGACAUCAUCACCAGCCUGCCAGAGAUACUUGAGGAUUCCCAGCACAAUGACAUCGCCAGGGAGCUCAACUCCUUACUCCAGACGAACACUCAGCUGACUGUCCCCAUCCUGGAUGCUCUCUCGAGUCUCAACCUCAGUUCCUCGCUGCUGACUGAGGUUCGUGGAGCAGUCAUGACCACGCUGGCCGCCGUGCAACUGGAAGACCUACCUGUGGUCGUCAAGUUCAUCCUGCACUCUGUCUCAGUUUCGGAUGCAUAUGAGGUAGUGAAUAAUCUGCGUAAGAAGCUGGAGCUGGAGCAGUGCGUUCUCCCUCCAGCGCUGCAAAUGUCUCAGAGCCGCACGAGGAGCGACGGAGCAGCAGCGGCGGCUUCAACUGCUGGGAGCAGUGUUGCACUGAUAUUGGACGGCAUUAAGUCUGCAGUGAGAUUCCAGAAAACAAUAUCUGAGGCUUGGCUCAAGGCAAUCGAUUCUGUGGAUGAAUCAGAGAACCAUAAGGUAAUUGAUCUGCUGGUGCUGUUCAUCCUCCACUCCACCAAUGCCAACCAGAGCCGACGGGGGGCGGAGAGGGUGCUGAAGUCUAAAGUGAGGACCGGACUGAUCCAGGAGGCUCUGCUGCAGAAGACCUUCAGGGACCAUUCUCAGGUCAUGCGAGGGUAUUUCCCCUCCAUCCUGGCUCUGGCUCAGUGUCUGUUACGCUCUCCUGACCCGUGUGUGGUGCCUUUUGGGGGACACAUGUACCAGCUCUCCUUCACUGAGUUUGACUCUUACUGCCAACAGGAGGUGGUGGGCUCUCUAGUGACCCAUGUCUGCAGUGGUGUGGGUGGGGAGGUGGACAUGGCUCUGGAGCUACUCUGUGGUCUGGUCACAGAGAAACCCUCGGAAAUGGCUCUGUAUGCUGUCUUUGUUAAGGGGAUUUUGGACUACAUGGACAACCUCACACCCCAGCAGAUCCGCAGACUCUUCCACCUCCUGAGCAGACUGGCUUUUGGGCAGCAGCAGCAAGGAUCUCACAUCCAGGAUGACAUGCACAUCGUGAUCCGUAAACAGCUCUCCAGCACGGUGCCCAAGUACAAGCGUAUUGGCAUCAUCGGGGCGGUCAUGAUCGUAGGCAGCAUGGGGGCCUUUAAGCCUAAAGGGAAGGAGGUGAAGGAUCAGCCGUUACCUCAGGAGACGUUCAGACAGGUGACAGCCCUGUUGGAGCUGGUGAGGUCGAGCAGUGAUAGCUCACCUGAGGCUGCAGCUCUAUACUACGAUGAACUGGCCAAUCUCAUCCUGAGCUCUACCCUGGACCCUCAGGUUCAGGAAAACAUCGCAAAGAGUGUUCUUGAUGACUUUCAGGAUGACUUUGUGGUGGAUCUGGGGAAGGAAAUAACAGGUUCCUUCCCUUUCCCAGCUCGUCUGAUGUACAACCUGGAGGAGGAGGAGAGUCAGGAGGGCAUCGCAAUCAACCUGCUCCCUCUACUGGCCAAAGACAUUCAGAACAACCGUGAGCAGCUGAGUCAAACCAAGAGGGCAAACAAGCGAGUGUCUCCUCUCUGUCUGUCUCCUUUUUUUCGCCUCCUGAGACUGUGUGAGGAGAAACAGCAUCACGGAGACCUAGAGGAGAUUGAUGCUCUGCUGGGCUGCCCUCUGGUCAUAACAGGCUUGGAUGUAGUAGAGAAAAUCAACAGCCUGUCUAAGUCUGAGAGGGAGUUCCUCUGUAAUUUACUCUUUUUCACCAUCAACUGGUUUAGAGAGGUCAUAAAUGCGUUUUGUAGACUAAAAGAAACUGAGAUGAAGAUGAAAGUGAUGACUCGUCUGCAGAAUAUCACUUACCUUCAGACACUUUUGGAGAGGGCUUUGGCUGGAACAUCCAGCUAUGUUCCCCCUGUUGCUAACUUUGAUGGAGAAACCUCAGAUGCAGCAACAUUUACUUCCACUGCUUCUGGUAAUAAGGCAAAGAAAGAUGGUACAGGAAAGAAGAGGAAGGCUCCUAGUAAGAGUUCCUCAGAAAACAGCUCACUGCUCGAGGAGCCGACUGAAGCAGAUGAAACUCAGCAGGAGCAGCCAGAGAAAGAGAAAGAGAAAGAGAAGGAGAAGGAGAAGGAGAAGGAAACCUGGCAAGGAGUCAGUCUGGUGUGCUACAGACCGUUUUUCAGGGAGCUGGACAUGGAGGUGCUCAGUGUGCUGCAGUGUGGCCUGUUGUCUCGCUCACUGUUGGACUCUGAGCUCCAAACCAAAGUGCAAGAGGAGGUCUUGCUGGGUCCUGCAGAGCUGGUCUUCCUGCUGGAGGAUAUGCUUCGCAAAGUGGAGUUCAGUCUUACCUCUGCCCCUGUUAAGAGAAUGCCUUUCUUCAAGCCACGGACGGAUAAAAGUGUGGGCUUCUCCCAUCUGCAGCAGAGGAGCGCCAAAGACAUCGCCGUCUGCUGCGUCGAGCUGUUGCCGGCCCUCUGCUCACACUUAGAGAACUGUCACAACCAUUUUCAGACAGUGCUUUCUGAGAACAACGGUGUUGUGGAUGGACCUGCCACAGAUGCGCAGGAGCAGCAGUUAAUGUCAUCGUGUUACCAGCUGCUCCUGCAGGUCCUGAACACCACCUUCAGCUGGUCUGGAUUCAGUUUGCCCGGUCAGCGAGGUUUACUGAAGAAAGCUCUGGGAGUUUUGGCCGAGCGACUUAAGGGACGUUCUGAGUUGACCCUGGAGCAGCUUGUAAAACACAGCUUUGAAUACCUGCUGAACUUCGGCAGCACGAUGCCAAGUCUCAGCACAGCUCUGUGUCUCUCCCAGCUUCUGUCCACUGUGUCUGAGAAGGGAGGGAACCCUUCGGCCUACAGAGAGCAAACUGCUUCCCUAGCAAAACGUUUCCUGAGCCAAGACUGGGUGACAGCCAGCGGAGAGAAAGAGCGUGGGACCAAAUUCAAUGAAGCACUUCACACUCUCCUAAGAAUCUACCUGGAUAAUGUAGAUGAUGUUCUGAAGGCAGUGGAGGAAAUAGCUGGGGAAAGAAUCCCUGAGCUCCUCAAUGUAUCGAAGAAUGAAAGCUCUCCGACAUGGCCCACUCUCAACAGGCAAACUUUCCUAGUGUUCUACAAAGUGAUGAUGGCAGAUCUAGACAAAGCUGCGAGGAAGAUUCCUGCUAGCAAAAUCAGUGACAACACUGAGGCUCAGAGCGAGAAACUGCUGACGUGGAACCUGGCUGUCAGAGACUUUCACGUCCUGGUCAACCUAGUUAAAGUCUUUGAUUCAAGGCCAGUGCUGAACGUGUGCCUGAAGUAUGGCCGCCUUUUCUUGGAGUCCUUCCUGAAGUUGGGAAUGCCGCUGCUGGACCACAGUUUCAAAAGGCACAAGGAGGACGUCCAGAGUCUGCUGAAGACCUUCCAGCUCAGCACCAGGCAGCUCCAUCACAUGUGUGGAUACUCUAAGAUUCACCAGGAUACCAGCCUGACCAACCACGUGCCGGCCUUGAAGAAGAGCCUGGAGCUGUUUGUGUACAGAGUGAAGGCCACGCUCACGCUCAACAACUGCCAGGAGGCUUUUUGGAUUGGCAACCUGAAGAACCGCAACCUGAAGGGUGAAGAGAUUCUUUCUCAGAGGUCACAAGGAAGUGAUGAUGAUGAAGAGGAGGAGGAGGAGGAGCGUUCACUGCUUCCUCAGGACAAGUCAGAGGAUCAGGGCCAAGAGAGCGACUCCGAGGAACCCAGGAGGAUCAAUGGAGAGGGAAAUGUGGCUGAGGAAGAUAUCACAGAUGACUCAGAUUAACACUAAACACAAAGUGUAAAUAACUGCUGAAUUUUACACUUUUGCCUUUGAGUCCUAUUUAUGGUUCAGUUUUUGAGGGUUUUUUUGUUUUAGAGACUUUUUACAUGAACACUUUCAGAAUAUAUUGAAUACUGCUGCUCAUUGGACAGAUGCAGAAUAACGGAAGUUUCAGUUUUCUUUCUGUUGCAAUAACACUGCAAGCACAUUAAAUGUACCUCCACAUGUUUCCUUUUCUGGUGAGGAUAAAAUGUGUUUAACAAUAAUGUUUCCUGUUGGUG